GCAGUCACAUGUCGGUGAGAUCAGUCAUGAAUGGAGACUGAGACAAAGGGGUUAACUACCCUCUUCCUCUUGUAGCUGCAAUAGUAUUUCAAGGGACCUAAUUUCGUCACAGUCGAAGAAUCAACCUCUGAUUCGGCCUCUUCAUAUUCAUCAGUAGCUGCGAUCAAGGAGAGAGGUUCUUCCAUGGGAUACCUACAGGAAGCUCGUGAAAAUCACGUCAAGAAGAAAGUCGAAGAAGCUUUGAGGAGCAAAAUGAAGCAGAAGGCUCUGAAAGAGUGCGACGAUUACGCUUUAAAAUACGCGGAAUGUGCUACGGGGAGAACGUUAUCCGUUGUUUGGCAAUGUCGCAAACAGGCCAAAGAAUUGAACUCUUGCCUUCACCAAUAUACCAACGAUGCAAUCUUAGAAGAAAUGAAAAGAGAAUAUAUGCUCCAAGAAGAUGCGAAGGCCACCUCGAAGGUAUCUUCCGGCUAAGUUCAUUGUCUCAGACUCAGACCAUGCCCACUUGCAACUGGCAUACGUACAAUUUGAGUUUCAGUGCAUGUGCUAAUAUUUUUGUUCAUAUGUUGCACUUUUCCGCACCAUAUAUAGGGAGAAGGAGAUGAAAAUUUGUUCUAAUGCAAUUUGAUAGAAUUUGUUUACAUGUGUCGUUUUAACUCGUUAUUAUAGUAAAGCUAUUGCAAUACUGAACAAUCCAUUGAGCUGUGCCUAUUAUGGUGGACAUUAUCAAAUGCCAUUGCAAUAAAAAGGGCAACCUAUCAGUUUCUUUAGUUA